AAGGCCGCCAGGUCCGGUCUUGGUCCACGCCGCGCAUCGCGCCGCCCGCCCGCCCCGCGUCCGCCGCCAUGGGAGUGCAGGUGGAGACCAUCUCCCCCGGAGACCGGCGCACCUUCCCGAAGCGCGGCCAGACCUGCGUGGUGCACUAUACGGGGAUGCUUGAAGAUGGAAAGAAAUUUGAUUCCUCCCGGGACAGAAACAAGCCCUUUAAGUUUAUGCUAGGCAAGCAGGAAGUGAUCCGAGGCUGGGAAGAAGGGGUUGCCCAGAUGAGUGUGGGUCAGCGAGCCAAACUGACUAUCUCCCCGGACUAUGCCUAUGGCGCCACUGGGCACCCAGGCAUCAUCCCACCAAAUGCCACUCUCGUCUUUGACGUGGAGCUUCUAAAACUGGAAUGACAGGAAUGGCCUGGCCUCCUCCCUGAGCUCCUUGUUCUUGGAUGUGCCAUGGAGGGAUCUGGCGCCCCCAGACGCGCACACGCGAAUCUGUGCUGUUUGUAGACACUUAACACCCAAUGAAAGCCCAGCCAUCAUGACAAAUCCGUGAGUGUUGUCUUAAGAAAAUGAUGCUGGUCAUCACAGCUUCAGCAUCUCCUGCUUUUUGAUGCUCAGCUCCCCCUGCUCAUCAAAGUUUCCUGGCUUUUCCUUCGCCCCUCUCACUCCUUGGCUGUC